GAAAAUAUCGGUUCUCUGCAGCAGAGCGACUAGAUAAGCUUAAGAUAAGGUCGUGCGUGGCGUGCCAAACCCCUCCACCCCCUCCCUUGCGCGCGCGCGCGCGCGCGCCACGCGGGCGAAAUUGUUCCGAUGAUAUUAAUUUUCGGCGAUAUUUUGUUAAAAAUAAAUUGUAAUUGUUUCGGCGCUCAACUUCGGCAGCCACCCCCGAACUUUGAACGCCGAAACCUUUGUACCACUACGGUACACGGCUGCAGAUUGGAGCAAGCUCUAUCUUGCAGCAGACAAGGGUGAGAGCCACUGCGCCCUCUUGUAACCAAUGCAAUCUGCGCCCGCGGCUGCAGGCAAGCCCAGCAGUAGUGGCAGUGGGCCGACCGCGGGGCUGGCGGACAAGCCGCCGCCACAGAAGCCGGUGGGCAAGGUCGAGACGUCAGCCCGGGGGCGGGAGCGCAGCAGCAGCAGCAGCAGCGCCAGCGCCAGCACCAACGGCGCGGGACGGGACGCCGCGUCGGGCGCCUCCGGCAAAAGCACGUCCCGCGCCGUGCCCUCAGUGCCGCGCGCUGUGGCCGCCGCUGCCGCUGCUACCGGCAUCACAGGCGCCGCCGUUGUCGUAUUGUCCUUAAACGCGGUGCCGCCCAUCCAGGUGGUGGUGUCCUCGCCCGUGUGCCGCCGCCAUCCCGACCUGACUCACCUGUACCGGGCCAUGGUCGUCUCGCCCUACUGCGGCGCGCCCGCCCCCAUCGGCUCCGCCUCGGUGGCAGGCCCCGCCUCGUGCUUUGGGCUUCCUGCCGCCGCCCUCGCCGCGCGGCGGGCCGCCAGGAACCAGCGCCGCCGCCAGGGCCGCGGCCCCAGCCGCCAGGGCCGCCGUGUCCGCCUCGGCGGCGGCUGCCGCCGACGCGACGGCGGUUACCGCAGCGGGGCCGCCGCUGCCGCGGCGGCGGCCGGGCCGGCGUAUGGCAGGCAGAGCCGCGAGUCAAGCGCAGCCGCCGCCAGCGUCAGUGACCCCGCGGUGCCGUCGUCCUCGGGCCGCGCCAACUCCUCCACUGGCAGCGCCUCCAGUGCCGCCACCGCCGCCGCCAACUGCUGCGAAGCCUUGCAGCUGGUGUGGCACCUUCCGCCAGCGCCUCCGGCUGCGCCUCCCGCUGCAGCCCGCUGGCGGCGCCGCUGCUGCGGCUGUCCAUGCUGCCGUGCGGCCUGUUCUGCGGAGAGCAGCUCACCUGCCGCACCGCCACGCGGCUGUGGGGUGAAAUGGCCUUUCGCGCGUUCGACUGUGGCGGCCGCGACGCGGGGCCCUGCGGCCUGCAUGGCGCGUCACGCGGCCACGGUUGUUUCGGCAUUCCAAGCAGUGCCGCCUGGCGCCCGGCACCCAGGUGUGCGGCAGGCUGGCGGGUCUGUCCGGCCCGCCGCCGCUGGAGCUCUGUUCGAGGGACUGGGGCGGCUGCUGGCGGGCGGCGGCUGCUACCUGCUGGCGGGGCGCUGGUGAGGCGGCAGGCCACGAGUGGGGGACGGGCAUGGGCAUAAGCAUGGGCAGAAUGGGAAGCGUCACAGUGCGGUGUGACGGCGGUGUGAUGGCGUGGCGGAGUGGGGGCGGCUGUACCCGGCUGUACAGUCGCAGCCAUCCGUCAGGAACGGAUGCGUGCAGCGGCUCGGCCUUGACAAUGACAAGACUUUGACAUAGCCGCGAUGGCACACCUGAAGCGCGGUGACACGGCAAAGGUGGCGCCGCCGCAGGCUACAUAAGAACAGAUGACUCCUUGCGUGGUGGUUAGGGGGGCGGAGCCUUCAUGCAAGGUAGCCAUUUGACCUGCUGUUCGACAGGCGCGCGCAAACAAUCUGACACGAGAUAGAAGAGAUACUUGGCGGCCGGCUCACGGGUAGGGCGCUAUUUUGCGUAGUAGGAGCAUGGAGGCGGCGGUGGGGAUGACGAUGCGGAGGAUUUAAGCUGGCGGAUUCUGUUGGAUUCUCUCGGUGGGGGGGGGGGUCUGGGGGAGUUAGCUGUUGGGAGGCGCCACGUGUGCAUGCGGUGUUGCGCUCGAGCGUCACAACCGGCGUACUGCCAGCAUUGCAGUGGGGCCCAGCGUGGCCAAUCGAGACCGCAGUCAAGCUGCUGACUGCAGUGUUACCCUCAAUCGCCGAAUGUGUGGCUUGCAAUUUAGGGUGUUACCCGGGCCUGGCUUGACGAGGGUGGGCAUGAGGACAUUCGUGGACCACUGAAAUGGGGCCUACUAGUGGCGGGGCACAAACCGCUGCUGUGCAUGCGUGCGUGGAAUUCGCAGGCGGCCACACGGGCCAUUUUGUGUCAGAUGCGCAGGAAGGAAGAGGCGCAACGAAUGAGGGUCAAUUCUCAGGA